GCUGUGGCAGGGAAGGAGGAAGGCUCAAACUGGGGGCUGCACCCAGCCAACUGAGCCCUUCUCAGGCGACGUCCGAUGGGUGUGUCAGGCAGGAGGUGAUAUUUGACUGGGCUGGCGCGGGCGAGCCGCUGCGGAGCCAAGGGCACCAGGCAUUGGGCUAGAGAUGGCCUCCCCGGACCGGCCGCCUGCCACCAGCUAUGCCCCACCCGAAGUGCCCCUGGGGGUCGUGCUGUUCUUCACCAUCCCCUACGCCUUCUUCUUGCCCGAGCUGAUAUUUGGGUGCUGGGUGUGGAUCCUGGUAGCUGCCACCCAGGUAGCAAACCCGUUGCUGCAAGGAUGGGUGAUGUAUGUCUCGCUCACCUCGUUUCUCAUCUCCCUGAUGUUCCUAUUGUCUUACCUGUUUGGAUUUUACAAAAGAUACGAGUCCUGGAGAGUCCUGGACAGUCUGUACCACGGCACCACAGGCAUCCUGUACAUGAGUGCUGCCGUCCUGCAGGCACACGCCACCAUCGUUUCUGAGACGCAGGACCUGAAGAACUACUACAUCAACACGGCAGCCUCGUUCUUCGCCUUCAUCACUGCCCUGCUCUACAUCCUCCACGCCUUCAGCAUCUACUACCACUGAAGAGGCGGGGAGCCGGGCCGCGGGGAGAAGCGCCCCAGCAACACCUGGAUGAUGGGCUCCGGAAAGUCGCUCUCAACAUUGACCAUGUGGAUGACAAACAGAAGAUCAGCAAGAACAUCAACAGGCUGGACAGACCAGCUUCUCAGACUGAGUGAUGAAAUCGCACUCUGGCAUCUCUGUUUGGACAUUUUUAAUUCAUUACGGCGAACAUGAAAAAGCUGGGGGGGGGGGCGGUUCUUUUGCUUGUUUGGUUGGUUGGUUUGGUUUUUGCCUGGGAAAGUAACUGUCCCUUCCGACAGGGCACCUCACUCUUCUGGAAAACCGACAUCCAAAGUCCUCACAGGUGAGAAUCCCAGAUCUGCCACUGUCUAUUUGGGGAUUCUGCCUCAGGAGUCAGGUUCCCCCAGAGCAGGUUUAAGGGAACACUCAUUCUUGUUCUGUUAAAAUCGAAAUGGUGCUGUCGAUGCCUUCAGAUCUGAAGAAGACCCACAGACCUUGUUCCUGAGGCAUGGUUCUGCCUUUGCUUUGAGCAGUGGUCCAAAUCCUCUCUCCCCUCCCCCGGGGGAGCUGACAGGGACGAGCCACACUGUCCCGCCCCUCCCACUGCCCCCUUCCCUUUCCUCCCCAGUUUUGGGAUCCAAGGAAAAUCUUCAUAAAAGCAACUUUGAGGGUAGAUUUGUGGGGAAAAUAAGUGACUGACUCUACAAAAUUGUUAUGCAGUAAGAACUGGGCGGGGGGGGGGGGGGGGGGCGGCCUGCUUCUCCACAAGGCGGGCCUGACAGAAAACCGCAAGGCUGCAGGACGCUUGUGCCAGGCCUCCAGAAACCUGCUUCUUAAGGACUAGAAGCCACCUUUUCCCUCAGAAAAGACCAUCAAGGAAAUGAGGCAGGACGUUCCAGGCAAGGAUUCUUCUGUGGGCUUCUGUCCCACGACGUGGGACAUCUCAGGAAGCCAGAAAGGACCCCCGUCCCAGGGUCCGUGCUCUUCCACAUGCACCCACACCCCCUGCGUCCCCCCUGAGUGGCACCAGCUGUGUGGGGCCUCAUGGGGGGAAGGGCUCGCACACCCCGACAUGCAAAGGCAUCCGUGAUUUGGGGCCAUUCUCAAAGGAAAGGGCGGCGUUAUGCACACAGAAACAUAUAAUCAAGGUGCUUGAUUUCAAAGUACAUAUUUUUCAAAAGGAAGCUGCGCUCUCCGGCCUGUCUUCAUCUGUGCAGGGGUUCCAGCCCAGUCUUCCGACUGAGCACCGGGCCUCCCGCCCCGGGUGAGCAGGGCACGGCCCCACGGCUGCACAUGUCUGCUCUGGUUUUGAAAUGGGAUGAAUUAUUACGGAAAGGGACUAGUCUUAGCUGAUUCUGGGCUUACAGUUUGUUACCAAUUUUUUUUUUUUGCUGCUCCUGGGGGGUGGGGGGCGGGUACAGGGAGCCACCAACGAGAAAAUUCUGGCUUAUUCUUGUUGACCACGCACUUCCUGACCACCGUGUUAUCUUGAAAAGCCACGAUUUAUCCCUCAUUUUAUUGCCUGGGAUGAUUACUGUUCAAUAUUUACCGAGUAGCCACAUCCAAAUAAAAGUUGUGUGUACAG